AUGUCCGUCCUUCUCGAGACCAGUGCGGGCGACAUCGUGAUCGACCUACUGGUCGAUUACGUGCCCAAGAUGUGCGAAAACUUCCUAAAGCUUUGCAAGGCCAAAUACUACAACUUCUCGCCAAUUCAUUCCGUCCAGAAGUCAUUUUCCUUUCAGACCGGCGAUCCUCUAGGGCCCAUGUCCCCCGAGUCCGAUGGCGGCACCUCCAUCUGGGGCCUUCUCUCGAGCAACCCAGCCGACAAGACAUUUACAGCACUCUUCCACCCAAAGCUAAAACAUCUCGAGCGUGGCACCGUCAGCAUGGCGACAGCUUCGCACCCAUCCGACCCAGACCAGCGCGUGGCGGGUUCGCAGUUCAUUGUGACACUGGGAGAUAACCUAGACUACCUGGACGGCAAGGCGGCCAUAUUUGGAAAGGUAGUGGAGGGCUUUGACGUGCUUGAAAAGAUAAAUGAUGCCAUCGUCGACGACCGCGGGCAUCCCCUUGUCGACAUACGCAUCAAACACACCAUCGUACUCGACGAUCCGUACCCCGACCCCGCCGGCCUGCACGAACCCAGCAGCUCCCCGCCUCCGACCAAAGCGCAGCUCGCUACGGUGCGCAUUGCCGAGGAUGAGGAGCUGUUAGACGAGGAAGCCAAUGAAGAGGCGGCCGCCGAAGCGGAGCGGAGGAGGCAGGAGCGGGAAGCCGCAGCCCGGGCUCUGACGCUCGAGAUGAUGGGCGACCUGCCCUUCGCCGAGGUCAAACCGCCGGAGAAUGUGCUCUUCGUCUGCAAGCUAAACCCGGUCACGACGGACGAGGAUUUAGAGCUCAUCUUCAGCCGCUUUGGCAAGAUACUGAGCUGCGAGGUGAUACGGGAUCGCAAGACGGGAGACAGCCUGCAGUACGCGUUCAUCGAGUUUGAAGACCAGAAGAGCUGCGAGGAGGCCUACCAGAAGAUGGACGGGGUCCUGAUCGAUGACCGCCGAAUCCACGUCGACUUCAGCCAGAGCGUGAGCAAGCUGAGCGAAGUCUGGCGCAGCGAAACCAACACGAAACGGAAGAAGGCUGCCGCCCGGAGAGGCGGCGGCGGCUGGGGUGGCGUCAAGGAGCUCGAAAAGCGACGGCAAUACCGCAACGAGGAUGUCGAGUCUUCUGACGAGGAGAGGGGUUACAAGAUGGUCCACGGGAUGGAGGACCUACGUGGCCGUCAUGGCGACGACCGUGACAGAGGUGCCGGACGAGGCGGGCCGAGCAACCGGGCGUCCGGUACAUAUGACGGGGGCCGUCGGCGCGAAGACCGCUCCCCAGAGCGACACGGGGUCAGGUACAGGUCGGGACACGAUGACACGAAGCGUGGCACGGAACGGCGCAGCCGAAGCCCAAGGCGGGAACGCCAUGGAGGGCAUCGCUACGGAAGGCCGGACGACGAUAGGGAAUGGUCUCGCAGAGAUCGACGAGAUGACGACCGUGAUCGAAGACGAGGGGAGAAGGAUAGGGACAGAUACCGUGGACGUGACGAGUACAGGAGCAGGUGA